AGAAAGAGAGAGAAGAGAAAAGGGAGAGAGAACGAGGAGAGGUGCUCUGGCUCCUGGGCUCCUGUCCCAAACAGGUCAAGGUCGCAGCUGAGGCUCCCCCAAGACAAGUCCCUCCGCCCCAGUGAACGUCACUGUCAGGCACCUCAAGGCCAACUCUGCAGUGGUGAGCUGGGACGUCUUGGAGGAUGAGGUUGUCAUCGGAUUUGCCAUCUCUCAGCAGAAGAAGGAUGUGCGGAUGCUGCGCUUCAUCCAGGAGGUGAACACCACCACGCGCUCAUGUGCCCUCUGGGACCUGGAAGAGGACACUGAGUACAUCGUGCACGUGCAGGCCAUCUCCAUUCAGGGCCAGAGCCCAGCUAGCGAGCCUGUGCUCUUCAAGACUCCACGUGAGGCGGAGAAGAUGGCCUCCAAGAACAAAGAUGAGGUAACCAUGAAGGAGAUGGGGAGGAACCAACAGCUGCGGACGGGCGAGGUGCUGAUCAUUGUCGUGGUCCUGUUCAUGUGGGCGGGUGUCAUUGCCCUCUUCUGCCGCCAGUAUGACAUUAUCAAGGACAACGAACCCAAUAACAACAAGGAAAAAACCAAGAGCGCGUCAGAAACGAGCACGCCAGAGCACCAGGGUGGGGGUCUUCUCCGCAGCAAGGUAAGGGCAAGACCUGGGCCUGGGUGGACGUCCGUGUGCAUGGUAGUCCCUGGAUUGCAGAAAGGGUCAGCUCAGGGCCUGGCAUGGCUGCAACUGGGCAGAGCUAGACUUGGCUGCUGCCUGUGUGACACAGGGAACGCUGCAAAUUGAUUUUGGAUCUUCUCCUUUUGUAGGGUGCCAGGGGCCCACACUGGGGAAAAAAAUAAAAAGGUAGCCAGUGGGGAGGGCAGAACUGUUGGUUAGUAUGGGACAGCAAGAGCAGGGUGGGUUCUGGGCUCAUUCCUGCUCCUGCUGUGCUGUGUGACCUUGGGCAGGUGCUUCACCUCUGUACCUUCAUUUCCUCUUCUGUAAAACAGAUAUGAAAACCUUUUCAGUGCUUGCCCUGAGCGGCUCAGAAGACAGUAGAGAAUGUGAGAGGAUCUCAUGGUUCUGACGAUGAUUAUCCAACAAACAUCUGGCCCUCUCUACAUCUCCUCCUCCUUCCAUUUCCUUGUACCCUCUGGCUUACUGUCCUCUCUCUUGGCUUCUCUCUUUCUGGCGCAUUUUCCUGAAGCCUCUUAUUAACCCCCAUCUCCAGAAGCACCUCAACAAUGUCAGUGGCUGAGGCUGCGCUCAGAGGGAUGACUGCUGGGGGAAGACUGGGUACCAGGGGCCAUGGGCCCAGGGCCCGGGACCCAGUUUUGGCCAUUCAGCUGAAUGAGGCCAAAGGCUGGGUUUGAAAAGGCAGAGAGACAAGACGUCCGGGCAGGGCUACUGUUUUCUUUCCACAAGGGACAAGAGCCUAGCUUUUAGGCUGUAGCUGUGCUGCUCCCUUCCUUCUAUCCUCUGUUUCCAGCCUUGCAAAAAGUCUAUUCAAUUAGCCCUGGCCGCUUCUCUCAUUUUUCUCCUCCCAGUUUCCAAACAAGCCCUCAGUGAACAUCAUUGAAGCGUGACUGCGUCUGCAGAGAGGAGGAUUCCAUUUUUCUUCUCUGCUGGUUCCCAGGUCCAUGGGCACAGGGAGAGGGAUGACUGCAGCAGUGGGGAGGAGGCACAGCUAGCUGCACAGUUCUCCCUCUUCCCCCUGCCCUAAUCUGAUGAAGGAGGCUACAAACCCAAAUUCUGCAAAAAAAGCCACAAAACUAAAAGGCCUGGCCCCAUUCUAGAAAGGCAAAGCUGCAUGAGACACAGCCUUCUGCCUCCUGGCCUCUUCUGGACUGCCUUCCUCUUUGAGAAAGUGCACAAAGCUCUGGGAGAUGACAAGCACUAAGACCGACUCAAGCUGUGUCUUUCAGACCAAGGAACAUCAGGGAAGCUGUGGGGCUGCCUGCCAUGCAGGGUCAUUCGUGGCUGCCAUCAAGCCUUUUCUGGAUUUAGCCAUCAAGGACUUGUUUGUGGUGUGAUGCACACCUUUGCAAGUGUAUAAGAUGUUAUCUGUUACGUUUCUUUUGGAAAACAAAAUUGGAGGGCUCCACUCCUGAAGGCAGAGGGAUUCCCUCAAGGACUGAGCUGGUCGCCUGUACCCUCUAUCUUCAGUCUGGGGUCUUAAGAAGACCUAGAAGGCCUUGGUCCCAUUUCUUUAGGAAGCAUCUUUUGGAGUUUCAGCAACGUGGGUUUGGACAACUGAAAAGGCAUAUUCAGCAUUCUAGGGUCUGACAAACCACCCACUCUGGCGUGGAAGCUGCUGGAAGGCAGGCAUGAGCCAUUCUCCAUGGACAGGCAGAGCAGCCCUGGCUAUCACCACUGGCCUCUGGGGUCUUCAUAUCUUGCCAUCUCAUCCAGGGUUCUGUGAAAGGUACCCAAGGUCCUCAUGUCCUUCCCUAGAGCCCGAGUGGUAUGAGAUGACAGGUCUCUCUCUCUCCACUGCCCCUUUCUGGUUAAAAAAAAAAAUGGUGCUUGAUGAGGGAAAGUAGACUCUUCCCUAGGACUGACGAGAUAUGGCUGCCAAAUGCCUGCAUGGGAAGAGGUGGACCUCUGAAUCUUCUAUUGGUGGCCAAGGAUGGGAGCGUGGGAGUACCACACCUAGCACAAGCCUGGCACACAGUAGGCACUUGGUAAAUAUUUGUUGAACUGAAUGAUAAGAGCAUUGGCCCCCAAGCCAGAGAGCCAAAAGCCAUCACCCAAUGACCGCUCCUUCCUUCCGGUCUACAAGAGCUCUCAAGGCUGGGCCCACCACCACUCUGCUUUGCCCAAGUGUGGCAGCACAGGGGAGAAGAGACAGGAUAAAGGGCAGAUGUCAGCAAUACUAAGGGCUUCCUCAUGGGAGGGCAUGAGGCUCCACUCAUUGUCUUGUGACUUCCAUCCCUGCUGAAUGGGGCUGCAAGGCCAAGGCUCCUUAGGGGAGAGGUCCUUACCUCUGAUCCAGUUAGAGCAAUAACCACUUUUUAAAUGUAAAAUAAAAAGACAAAUGAAAAGGCA